AUGUUCCUUAUGAAUGCUUCUCCUCUGGUAGCUCUUCAGACAAAAUGGGAGUCCUUUGGACCAGCAAGGAGUUGUAGAUACCCCGUUUGCUUCUCUGAAUCUGAAGAAAACGUCACUAGAACCUCUGUAAGUGCAAAAGUUCAGAUGAUCAUCAACAACCUGCAAAGCCAAGAGCCUCCCCUGGGUAUGAACAAUGAGUAUGAUUGUAUUAUGCAGAAGAAACCAAAGGGAGAAAAGGGCUCAAGCAAUAGAGUCUCAUCUAGCACCACACUGCUCCGGAAGCAUCCUCAAUAUGCCAAGUGUGGUUGCCCUGCUGAUUCGGACAACACUGAAGUGGAAGAGAAUGUGGGGUUUAGGCCUCUCUUGCUGGAUUCUGAUAGUGAUGAUUCUGUUGACCGAGGUAUAGAGGAAGCCAUUCAAGAGUACCUGAAAGCAAAAAGCAAAAGUGACCAGUCCCUGCAGAGGAAUGCAGAGUGUUCUGAGAGCAGAGACAAAAGGUUUAAGAGACAAUUCUCCCAGAACAAAAUGGCUGGUAACCUUCUUCCUGUGAAAUUCCAAGCGGAGAUGCUCUCUGAAGAGUACCUGUCUGACCACCUGGGAAUUGGGAAAAGGCUCCAACCUGCUUCUCCUCAGAGCAUCAGCAGCGACGACUCCUUCGAGCAGAGCAUACAAGCUGAAAUAGUGCAAUUCUUGAACGAGAAGAAGCAGCAAGAAACCAGUAAGUGUGUGAUGGAUGAGGAUAAAAAAGAUUCCCAUGUGAGGUCGGUCCUGAAAUGCAGCAAAGAAACAGCGAACAAACCCAACUGUGGUUCUGUAAAGCAAGGCUGCGAUGGGCUCCUCUUGAGACACCACCCUAAGCUGCAGAAAACUGGCAUGCAGGCUGAGUGUUUGCAGCCUCAGGUGCUGGAAGAGCCUGGUGACUUCAGCCAAGUGAACCAAGCAUAUCUUGACAUGGCCACUGCCAGCCAGCCCUGGUUAUUGGAGCGAGAUGAAGGAAGUGGAACUAAUUACUGGGAGACCAGAGGAGGCCUUCUCAAUGCCAGCACACACACGUCUGACUCCAGUAGCGACGAUGGCAUUGAAGAGGCCAUUCAGCUUUAUCAGCUGGAGAAAAUCAGGAAGGAGGCAGGUCGUGCACCAGGCUGUGUCCCUUUGCAGAGGGAACAGUUUGAUCCCAAGGGAAUGGCAGACAUUUCUGCCAGCCUGACGAUUAGCUCUACAAAAAGUGCCUCACCAGAACUCCCUAAAAACCCCACAAGCAACAAGAGAAAAGAAAUUAACUCAAAGUCAACAGAGGUAGAAAGCACCAGCAAUGAAUUUAACAAGCUGUUCAAACCACUGAAAAAAGCCAAGCACUUUGCACCCCCAGAAAACAAGAUCACUGCUUGCGAGCUCACCUUGCAGGCCUCUUGCAGAGCAGACACAUCUGCAGAACUCAUGUGUGCAGAAGCCAUCCUUGAUAUUUCCAAAACAAUCAUGCCAUCCCCAAUGGGAAGUGAUAACAGAUCACUGGCUGCAGACUCCCUGUUUCCUCCCCAGCUCCUCUCUUCCCCACGUUGUGAAAGCGACAGCAGCCUUGUGGACAGUGAUGAUAGCAUAGAGCAAGAAAUCAGAGCUUUUUUGGCUCUGAAAGCACAGUCAGAGAGCCUUGGAACAAAGCCUCCCAGCCUGUCCCACUCAAUCCAGAUGCCUUUGCCUUCUGAUAAAAACAGCCUCACUGGUACCCUUGAGCCUUCCCUUCCGAAAACACUGAAGCUGUCACUGACUCGUAAAACGAGACUUAAAAGGGAAGGUGGAAUGGGGAAGCAAGGUGCAUCAAAACCACCUGAACAGCUGGAGUCAGGACUUUUCCAGCCAGGUAACUAUUCAAAAUCUGUACUCCAAGAGGAGCGUGCCCUGAGCAGCUCCACAGAGCUCUGUGAUGCUCACAGGCUCAGUAGCAAAGAGACUCGACAGCAGCAGCUGAUGUCUUCCAAAUUGUCUGGAUCUGAUGGCAGAUGUGUGGCCUUGGACUCUGAAAAUCCUUUUGUGCAGGUUCAGAGCAGCACAAGAAAGCUUACAAAAAGUGCCAUCCAAACUCAAGAGAGGGAUGGUUCAGCUGAUGAGAGCAGCUCUCUGGAUAGUGAUGAGGACCUUGAUAGUGCUAUCAAGGACCUCUUACGGUCUAAAAGAAAAUUAAAAAGGAAGUCCAAGGACCAGAAACCUCAGUACAAAAAGAGAGCCAGAUUUAACGAGACAGAAACCCAGCUGCUGGAUGAAUUUAGUAGCCUCCAACAAAACGAGUGGAAAGGCAAAAAUCCCAUGCUGGUGAAAAGCUGCCCCUCAAAGCCCAGGAAAUCUGUGAAGGAAAAUGUGAUCAGAAGUCCUCCAGACUUUAAUGUCAAACCUACCAGUGAAAAACCAGAAACUAUGAAGAACUUGGAGUUUAAUGUACAGCUUAAAAAAGGAUCUAAACCUAAAGCAAUUUCAAACCAGAGCAACCUGCAGGUAGCUAAAAUCAGCCAAGGUGCUUUCACAGCACCAUCAGAUGCUGAUGACAGCAGCUCAGUGGACAGUGACGACAGCAUUGAACAAGAAAUCAGGAAGUUUUUAGCAGAAAAGGCUAAAGACUCUGCAAGCAAUCUGGAGAUACAAAAAGAUGUUGCAAGUCUGGACCUAUUGAGAGUGACCAAACAAACUCCUAAUAAAGGGAAAGCGAAGCAACAGCCAGUUGAGCUUGACCUGAUGCUGGCUCAGAGCAAAAACACUGAGGUGUCUCAGCAAACUGCUGAGUGGAAGGACUCUCAGAGAACAGAAGGGAAAAGUGCAAUGUUACAUGGCAGUAGGAAAUCUGCUUCCUCUGCAGAGAGUGUUUAUCUUCAUACUACUGGUCAGUCAAAAGCUAAGCAAGGAGUAGUUGGGGUUGCAGGUUUUGCUGGUGGUAAGUCAUCUGCAAACCCAACAGGGAAAAAAGAUGUUUCUCAUGCAGAGCCUGUGCAGAAAACACUUCCACCUAAAGCUAGCAAAAAUGAAGGUUGUAAAGUACAGAAAGGAGUUAACACAAAGUCUAGAGCUAAAAGGAAGAACACCUUUCACCUCAAAAUUUCGAGUAAAUUUAUUGCAGGUCUAAAAUAUGCCCGGGACAGGAAGAAAUCCAUGCUUCUGAGCAAAAGGCAGAAAGCAGAGGGUUUGCUUGCCCAGAACAGGGAGUUAGGAGCAGGGCAAGUUUCCCAGGAUACAGAUGUGCUUAACCAGGGAAGAAAAGGCCCCUCCCCAAAAGGUGAAUUUAGUGGGGAGAGUACAACAGCAAUAGAAGAGUCUGAUUCUUCUCAGAAGAUCGCUGAGGAAGGGUCAAGUCCCUGUGUAGCAGAAACCUGUGAAAGACUGAAGCCUGCUCCUUUGCAUAUCAAGGAGGAAGCAGGAGGUUGCAGAAAUGCUUCAGGAGACCAGUCAGAUCCACACACGAGUCUCCCCUUGCAGGAGCCAGUCAUGGCAGCUGUAAAAGCAGAUAAGGUUUGCAGAGGAACAUCCAAAGCUGAGAGCACCCAGAUGGGGACUGAGGAAGGAGAUAUCCACAAAGGCAGCUGUGCUGAUGCAAACAUAGAUCACUUACACCCUGAACACAGUAUGGCAGUGGUAAAAGCAGAUCAAGUUAGCAGAGACACAUCUCAGCAGAGUGUAGAUAUGAGCAGUAAGGGAGAGGAUAACCAGCAGGACUGGAGGCCACAUCUAAGUUUAGUUUGCCCGCUGCAGGAGCUAGGUGUGCCAGCAGUAACACUGGAUAAAACCAGUGGAGGAGCAUGUACAGAGAACAGUGUGCAGACACUCAGUAAGAAGGAAAAACUUCAGUGCCAGGACAGUAACAGGCAGGAAGAAAUUCAGGUAUCCAGCUCCAGUGUGGAAGGAAAAACACAUGUCCUGCAGAACAGGGAAACUGCUUGUGAAGUGGGCCAAGGGCAGGAAGUUCUAGUCAAAGCCAGUGCAGAAUUUACUGACAACCCUGCAGAUUCCCUCUUGAAAGGAAAGGUUUCAGAUAUGUAA